AUGUCAUCUCCGGAUUCGUUGAGAUGGGAGAGAGGCCAGGCCUGGACCCAGAGCAGAGACACCCCCCCAGACACAAGAGAGGACAUUUCUUCAAGCAAAGUAAGAAGACAGGAAGUUCAAGGUAACGGUAACACAGAGAUCAUGGUUGUUCAUGAAGAGAUCUCUCGCCUUCUUGAGGUUGAAAAAACCCUGGAAGAGCAGCUGAAAGUCAACGCUGAACAGAAGCAGAGACUGAAUGAGCUGCAGCAGACUAUCCACGAGCGAGACGCCAAAGUUAAUGAGCUCGAGGAGUUCUUGGAGCAAAGAGACGCCCUCAUCGACUUCGGGAAAGGUCUGCUCCAGAAAAAGGACAAAGACACCAAGGAUCUGGCACGGGAGGUCCGCAACAGGGUCAAUGCUUAUGUGGGAGACCUCAUGAAGGAAAAGAUGGAACUCCAGAAUAGCUGUGUCUUCUUAAAGAAAGACCAGGCCUAUCUGCGAGACCAGCUGGACCAAGCGGACGAGCAGCAUCAGCAAGACCAGGAUCAAAAUGAGAAGCUUGAGGCUGAAGUUUCCAAAUUGAAAGACGAACUGAAGCGGCAGGAACUGACAGAACAGGAACUCACACAGACUGAUCUAGAGAGAAACGCCCUCCAGAGUAAAGUAAAUGAACUGAAGGAGUUCUUGGAGCAAAAAGACGCCCUCAUUGACUUUGGGAAGGAUCUGCUCAAGAAGAAGGACAAAGACACCAACGAUCUGGCUCGGGAGGUCCGCAACAGGGUCAAUGCUUAUGUGGGAGACCUCAUGAAGGAAAAUAUUGAACUCCAGAAUUGCAGUGUCUUUAUAAAGAAAGACCAGGCCUAUCUGCGAGACCAGCUGGACCAAGCAGACGAGCAGCAUCAGCAAGACCAGGAUCGAAAUGAGAAGCUUGAGGCUGAAAACUUUGGGAAGGAUCUGCUCAAGAAGAAGGACAAAGACACCAACGAUCUGGCUCGGGAGGUCCGCAACAGGGUCAAUGCUUAUGUGGGAGACCUCAUGAAGGAAAAUAUUGAACUCCAGAAUUGCAGUGUCUUUAUAAAGAAAGACCAGGCCUAUCUGCGAGACCAGCUGGACCAAGCAGACGAGCAGCAUCAGCAAGACCAGGAUCGAAAUGAGAAGCUUGAGGAUGAAGUUUCCAAAUUGAAAGACGAACUGAAGCGGCAGGAACUGACAGAACAGGAACUCACACAGACUGAUCUAGAGAGAAACGCCCUCCAGAGGACAGUAGAUGAACUGAAGGAGUUCUUGGAGCAGAGAGACACCCUCAUCGACUUUGGGAAGGAUCUGCUCAAGAAGAAGAACAAAGAGUUCAAGGAUCUGGCUCGGGAGUUUCAAAACAAGGUCAAUGCUUAUGUGGGAGACCUCCUGGAGAAUUACAUCCAUCUAAAGGAUCACUGUGUGGACUUGGAGGAUGCUACAGUACAUCUGCAACAAAAACUGGACAAAGCAAACCAGCAACAUUUAGAAGAUGAAGUUAGAAAUACAGAGCUGGAAUCUGAACUUGCGAAGAUGAAGAAGCUCCAGCAACACCAGCAGCAGAAGAUCCAGGACCUAGAAAGAACAAGUCAGGAUCUGGAGGAGCAGUUGGACGAGGCGGAGAGAUACCAUAUUCAAGACGCGGUGGAAAACCUGAAGAAUGUGGGUGAACUUGGAGAGAUACAAAGAAAACUGAAAAAGUCUGAAGCUGAGAACAAGGCCCUGAAAACAGAGAUACAAAAUGAGCAGGACAAGAUUAAGAAGAAGACGAAGAAGAGGAGCUGGUGGAAGUGUUGGGAGUAA